AUGGCCAUGAGAAAGGAGAGAGGGAAAGAAAGAAAAAGAUUAUGUGAGAAUGAGAGAGAGAGGGAAAAGAGGGAGGAAAAAAGAGAAAGAGAAAGGGAGAGAGAGCAUGUGAAUAAGAAAAGGGAGAGAAAGAGUGAUAGAAAGUGA